AUGUCCAAGUGGCAAUCUGAGCGAAGCAUACAUGAAAUGUUAAAAGAUACGCCGCCGUUGCGUGAGUCUAGCGACUCUAUCACCUCCGGAACGGAAGCUAAGUUUCCUACAUCACGUUCUAUGCCAUUUCCUCCAAGCUAUGCACCCCCAGAUAUCUCUCAAAAUGGUGCUGCUGGUUCAAGCACACUCCUGCGCUCAGGGUCUACUAAACUUGAAUCACUUAAGAACUGGGGAGUUUCAACAUACAAGUGCACAAAGCAAUUGUUGUAUGAGAAACUAGGCAAGAGCUCCAGAACAGUGGACACAGAUUUAGAAGCAAAGAUAGAAAUGCUCCGUGAAACCCAGCGCAAGUACAAUGGUAUCCUGCGUCUAAGCAGUGCUCUGGCCAGCCAACUGACUGCUGCUGCCCACACGCAACGUGCGCUCGGCGAUGCUUUCGCCGAUCUGGCACAGAAGUCACCAGAGCUGCAGAACCAGUUUUUAUAUAAUGCCGACACACAGCGGUCUUUAACUCGUAAUGGAGAGGUUUUGCUCGCAGCACUGCAUUUCUUUAAUAACUCUCUCAACACACUUACCAAUAAAACUAUUGAGGAUACUCUACUCACCAUUCGCCAGUACGAAGCUGCCAGAGUGGAGUACGACGCGUACCGUAGCGAGUUGGAGGCCAGUGGCGGCAACCCGCCCGAGCUGCUGCUGGCCAGCAUCGAGCGGCACCGACGCCACUACGAGCGGUUGCGCGACGACUCCGCCGUCAAGCUGCAGUUGCUCCACGAGAACAGGGUGAAAGUGAUGAACAAGCAGCUGCUGUUGUUCCACAACGCCGUGUCGGCGUACUUCAGCGGCAACAACGUGGCGCUGGAGGCGGCGGUGCGCCACUUCAGCGUGCCCGGGCUGCCGCAGCACGCCGCCCACGCGGCCGCCUCGCCCCCCGCCCCCGCCCCCGCCCCCGCCGCCGCCCUCGCCCCCACCGCCGCGCCCCUGCCACCGCCCCCGCCCUCA